AUGGCUUACAAAUCGUUAUGUUCCAUCACUGUGAUGGAUAUUGAAUCUAACGGAAUUGCAGGAGAAGAUGCUACGACUCUCCACCAACGUCUCGCAGAAAUCAUUAAAACUCACGGAGAUGGCACCCCCGCCACGUGGCAGCACAUCAGCAGCAGCAUCCUUACCCCUGAACUUCCCUUCUCCUUCCAUCAGAUGCUCUACUAUGGUUGCUACAAGAAUUUCGGUCCCGACCCACCCGCUUGGAUACCCGACCCGGAAAGUGCUGCUUUGACAAAUGUUUGGCAGUUGCUAGAGAGGAGGGGUGAAGAGUUUCUGGGUUCGGCAUAUAAAGAUCCCAUUACAAGCUUUGAUGAUUUCCACAACUUUUCAGUCUCAAACCCUGAGAUAUAUUGGAGAUCUGUGUUGGAUGAAAUGAACAUAUCAUUUUCCAAACCACCUGAAUGCAUCUUACGCGAUAGCCCCCCAGGGGAAGGCCCAUUAUCACAUCCAAGUGGUCAAUGGCUUCCUGGAGCAUCUAUUAAUCCAGCACAGAAUUGCAUAAAUGUAAAUGGAAAAAGAGGUUUGAAUGAUACAGUAAUAAUAUGGCGCGAAGAACAACAUGAUGAUCUCCCUAUACAAAGGAUGACACUCCAGGAACUGCGUGAAGAAGUUUGGAUAGUUGCAUAUGCUCUGAAAUCUCUGGAUCUGGAGAAAGGAUCUGCAAUUGCGAUUGAUAUGCCAAUGAAUGUCAAGUCUGUGAUUAUCUAUCUAGCUAUUGUUCUUGCGGGUUAUGUUGUUGUAUCGAUUGCUGAUAGUUUUGCUGCUAGUGAAAUAUCAAACAGGCUUAAAAUAUCAAAAGCAAAAGUCAUAUUUACACAGGUUUCACUCCAUGCAGCAUCCAGGACAGGAAAUGAGGCCAUUGUUCUUAGAGAUGGGGCUAAAUUCGAUAUGGGACAGGAGAUAGGACUGGGCAACAUUUGUGAUGGAGGCUAG